GCUUCCAAAGUAUUUUCACGAUCAGACAAACUUAACCAAAUUGAGCAUCUGUUUGGGUGUGGAGGAAAAAAACAAUGGAAGCACAAUCAAUUGUGAAGCUCAAGAACACAGUGUGAGCAGCUACACGUUGCAGAGAAAUCGAGGUAUCCACAAGCCAGUCAAAGUUGAUGACAGCCCUUCAAUGAUAGCUGAAAAUGGUGUGAGUAGCUCCAGCUUGUGCGAGCAUGAAAAAGUAUUGCAGGCACUGCGGACCGCUCAUGCAACAACAGGAUAUAUUAAUGUUGUGAUGCAGAGAGCUCCCAGGAUCUCAGGCAGAGUUAUUCAAGCACAGAUGGAUACAACAUUUACUAAUUCUAAGAUGCAGAGAAUUCGUGGGAACUCAGGCACAGUUAAGGUGGAGAGAGAUGGAUUUCUUAGCAAGUCAGAAGACAAAGCUGGCAGAACUUUGAUGAUAGCAACAAGCAUGGAUCCUGAUUUGUACAAGGCUAUAACAGAUAGGGACAUUGAUUUAAUCCAAAAAAGAAGGCAUGAUAUGGAACUUUCUCCUCUCUAUGACAAAACCCCUGAAUUGAAUACAAUCCUUCAUCUUGCUGCUGCAAGCUCAGACGAUGAAGAGUUUGUACAAGCAAUCCUCAGGAUCCAACUGUGCCAAAAAUUUGUCACAGAAAAGAACUCCAGCGGCAACCUUCCUCUUCAUGAAGCAGUAAAUGCUAGCCAUCUACAUAUAGUGAAACUUUUGGUCAUAUGGACUUACUAGCAGCUGCAAGAUCACUCUACUGGACCAUUGAGGGAGAAAAAUAAGGAGGAUAAUACUCCUCUUUACCUGCCCUUAAUUAACAAAUACCAAGCUGUGGGUUGUAACUUGGCCUUGGAAUCCAAGUACAAUGAAAUGGCCAAGUUCUUUGUACUUGGAUUGAUUUAUAGUUUUGGAUUGAUUUAUGACUAUUAUGCUACUAUUUUAAAGUUGAGUAUGGACAUUUUUAGUAAUGUUCACUUUCAUUAAGUGUUGUUUCUUUUACAUGUACACAUGGUGUUUGAUGAAAUUUCUUAUGAGUUCUAGAAGCCAUAAUACAUGGAGAGUCGUAAGGAGGAAGAUAGGUAAGAAAUGUGAUGCUCUAUUGUUGAUCUAAUCAAGGUAAGCUGUGUUUGAUUCUUAUUACUAUUGUUAAUGAUACACCAUAUAUUGAAUAUUUGCUUUGUACAAUUUGC